UCGCCCCCUCCCGAUACACUUGCAACAUUCAAAACACAAAUCGGCUAGCUAACCAUUCAGUUAUUGCGCGUAGACUACGCCAUUCUUUGGCGCUUUGUAAACAAGAAGUCUGCAAAAGUGGAACAUGAAAGAAAUCAGGAUCCAGGCACUCCACUGCUAUGACAGGAAAUGGAGCUCAGCGAUGUUGGCUGCCUUACAGAAUGUACAGUCAUUCUGUAAUGGUGUCUAAGUUAAUUUCGCCAUGACUUUGAGAUCCACUCUGUUCCCCCCUGCGCGAUUCAAGCUAGAAGCUGAGAAUACCGACUUUGACAAAACACAACUGAGAACUGUGAACUUGAGCUCAGCUGCCAUCAAGAGGGAAAACUGUGAUUUUGUCAUAGAUGUUCAUGACGUACUUUCUGGCGUACACAACAGUGGAGGAGAUCUCAGCAAAUCAAAUAUCUUAGAUCAGAAUUACAGUGGAAAAGUAGUCCGUGCUUCAGUGGUGGCUACACCAAACAGACCAGGAGUCCCCCUAGUUCAAGGGGACAAUAGGGAAUCAGCUGGGGUGUUGUCGUCCCCAGCCAGACUGAUGGGGGGUGAGGGAACACCAGUCAAUGAUAAACCCACCCUCACUGACAAUAUGGAUAACCCAGAGUUGCUGUCGAACUCCAAGGAUGCUGGUUCUGAUGAGAGUGCAAGAGGGGUCGCGUCUGGAGGGAUUCUUAGCACUGCUGCCAUUGAACUGGUCACUGAAGGCAAGUGGAGAAAUGUCAGGAAGACCCCUGCCAAUCCCCACACACAAGCCAACUGCCUCCGACAGAUUCUCCUGCUACAGCUGGACCUGAUUGAGCAACAGCAGCAACAGCUACAGGCCAAGGACAAAGAGAUAGAUGAGCUCAAAUCUGAUAAGGAAACGUUGCUUGCGCGUAUUGAGCGCAUGGAACGUCGUUUGCAGCUCACAAGGAAGGACCCACGUGACAAACGCCUGUUUCAACCUCUGGAGCCAUGGACACCAGAUAAAGAUGACCUGUGGGACUUAGAGCUCGAUGACAGUCCACAGACCAACAGCCCAAGGUCACUUCCCUUUAGCAGGGGUGGCAAAGGCCAGAAGAGGAAAUUUUGUUUCCUUGACUCCAAGAUCCAGAAGUCACGAGGCAAGGGCCCUAAGUUUAGUCCCAUAAAGUCUGAGUGUGGAGCUGGUUCUCUGUAUCAGAGGGAGCUGCGCAGUAAAGAGACUCCGGAGAAGACAGGGCUCGGGAGGCCAGUGUCGGAAAGGGACACAUCUCACCACGGCAAAGAGGAGUCGGAGCUUACUGCACAGAUGGAGGAGCUGCCCUUCAUGUCUACCACUGAGAUGUACCUGUGUCGCUGGCACCAGCCUCCCCCCUCACCACUGCGAGAGCCAUCUCCCAAGAAAGAGGAGGCUGUGGCCAUCCCAUCCUGGAGGGAAAACAGCAUGGAGCCCCUGGAUGAAGACGCAGCCAAUGAUAUCCCUGAGAUGUUGGACGACAGUGUGUUUUUGAAACGCCACGCAAAACUGGAGCUGGAUGAGAAGAGAAGGAAACGGUGGGACAUUCAGCGUAUCCGUGAGCAGCGUAUGUUUCAGCGUUUGCAGCAGCGCAUGAACAAGAAGAAAGGUAUCCAGGAGAGCGAGCCAGAGGUGUUGUCCUUCUACCCUGACACUGAGGACGUGGAGUCCAUAAUCAUCACCCCUUUUCUUCCUGUGGUGGCGUUUGGUCGGCCAUUACCGAAGCUCACUCAAGAAUGGUACCAUGGUGCAGGUGGCGCAACAGGGCGAGUUUCACAGAAAGACCUUUCAUCAAAAUGAACUUUGACCUUCCCUGGGUGGACGACAAAAGCCGCUGCCGUAUCGAGUUCCCCAAAAAACACACCCCUCACCGGACCUGCCGGAAAUAAGAUGGCACCUUUCUGUCUGGAAAAAGAGAACCAACCCUUGUACAACCCCCAGAUCUGAAAUGGGGUCAUUUCUGGACUGGGAUAAGGUUUUCAGUGGAAGUUGGUCAAGCAUGCAUUGCUAUGUUGUUAUGUGAACAACUGUUUAAAUGUGUCAGCACUCUGCUUGUUCUGCUAUAAUAAGAUAGUGACAAGAACCACUCUGUUAGCUAUGAAUAGUGCAGUGCCUGUUUGAAUGAAAUACUUUUGUGCUCUGGAAAACGUGGUGGGUCUCGGAGCCUAUCCUGUCGUGCGGAAGGAUAGUUUUGUGCAGCUCAACAUGGCCCCAAACACAUUUAUACUUAUUUCUCGUGUACCGCUCAUUCAAACAACUUCACACUAUUUCAAUUUCAUACAGUGCCCAGUUUCUGAGAUUAUCGAGCCACAGACACACACAAACACAGAAAUGUUUGCCUUUGUAGUUAAAGGUAUAGAUGCCCUUGUACUGAUUAAAUUGCAAAAAAAUCUAUACCCCUUUCGAUUAAAGCCCUCUAUUAACACCUUAGUAAGUGUAGAAGUUCCAUAGUCUGGCUAGUUACAACAGUGCAAUCAUGUUCUUAACAUCAGUGAAAAGCCUGCAUGCUUCGAAAAUCACAAGUGGGGAGCAAAAAUCUCAUAAUACAAAAAGAUUUGGAAAAGAUUGUUGCUUAGGUAUACAACGGCAUUGAAACUAAAACCUUUGUGUUCAAUGCUUUAGUAUUUGAUUGUUACUAAAUUGUAACAAGCUGUCAUGAGGCAUGUUAACAUGAGGACUUGAAUCUGUAGGGAGACAGCUUCAAGUAGUAGUGGAUAUGAUAUGACUGAGCUAAAAAGCUUAAAAUGCAUUUUGUCCUAAGUCUGUGAUAAUGGCCACUAGGCUUUAUAAAUUCUCACUGCAAAUCUAUAGAUUUGACUUGUAUGUCUGUAUUCACUGUAAUACUACUGCUUGUGCUGGGGCGCUUCAAGCAAAAAUUAUCUCUUUUUUUUAUCAAUGUGCACUACAGUGUGGAUAUAAUGUGAUCCUCACUCUGCAUGUGUUGUUAUUCAACUGCAAUGCUGAGCAGAUUGUAAGGUUGCGCAUCCUUUUAUGAAACUAUUGGUGUGUUGAAUUGUCCGAUUUGCAUUAUGAAAACAAAAUCGUAGUCAUCAAAAUGAGCUGUUAAGUUUACUUGAAAAUAUGUGUUCCGAUGAUUUUAUUUUUUUACUUGCGUGUGUGCAUGGUUUUGAACUGUCAAAUCUAUUUCACAUGGCAUCAACAUGAUAGGGUCAUGAAUUAAACAUAAUCAUUUUAAUUUAUGAAAAACAUCUGUGUUUGGAUUUUGAAAGCAUGAUUAGGCUACUAUUUUCUAAAAACACUGCCUUGUUCCAACUUUGAUCCAUGUAGUCUAAUCUCAAAGUGGUCGAGAAUAUUGUCCUUUUUGAAUUUAAGAUUUUUCUGUUUCCAGCCUGCCCAAUAUGCUGAUUUACAGUAGUUGAAUAUUAGAUGGCAGUGAGUUCCAUUGACCUAUAGUAAGUUAUUUUGGACUAGCUUAUAACAUGUCUUGCAGAAACCUAAUGGGCUAGCUUAUUCUUAAACAUGAUCAAAGGUUUGCUUUCUCUCAAACUUUCUGUAAAGUGUUGUCAUCUAACUUUGCGAUCUUAUUAUCCUGUUUUGUUAUUAGUUGUUUAAACAUUUUGGUUAUAGCUUUCUGCCUUGACAAUGCAACAGACCACAGAAAUAGGCUGGUUUUUGAAAAGGUAAGAUUGGUCUUCUGUAAAUAGCUUUCUGAAACAACUGUACAUAAAUAAAACAUGGCUGUUAUUUUUCUAUUAUUUAAGAUGUUGAGUACAUUCAAUAUUGUUCUUCUAUGAUAAUGAUUGUAUGUUGACAAAAUAAUUGACAGAAGUUUGUUUUGGAAUAAAAUACAUAUCUAACA